CCGAUGUCCUCUGCCCGGUGAGCCAAGAGCAGAAGGCACGAGCGAAGACAAAAACGAGGUAAAUCCCCCCGUUUUCUGCACAAUAUUGUCGUUCCAGUUUGAGUGAAUAUGUAAACCAUGGUCAACGUUCUGGCGUUUGCACGUGAGCACUGGGCGCAGUUAUUUUUGCCGGCGGGAUUUCUGCUCGGGUGGUACCUCGACAAACUGCAGGACCAGAAGCUGACGACUUACAGAAACAAGAGUCUCUUAUACGGCAGGGAGCUGAAGCCUGGUGAGGAGGUGACAUGGAAGUAGACCUUGUCAGCUCUGGUGUGACCCUGCGUUCAGAUUAUUUAAGAUGAUCCCAUUACAUCCGAGUUGUAUCAACCAUUAAAUGUAAUAAUUUCACAAAAUAA